AUGGAAUUGCUGGAGUUUGCUGUGAUUACAACAACAUAUUCCAGUUUUCGAGGCAAUCUUUAUCAGCAACGCUUCGGCACUGUCAUGGGGAGCCCAAUGUCACUUAUUGUGGCAAAGUUGCUAAUAGAACAUCUGGAGCAAGACGCGAAAGCCAUAGCACCUAUAGAAUGCAAGCUGAGUUUAUGGAAACGGUGCGUUGAUAACAUACUUGAGAUAAUCAAGAAGGGGUCACAGAAGAAGCUGACGGCCCACAUCAAUACCAUUGAUAGAAAGUUUCAUGACAAGACUCCAUACACUGUUAUGUUUGGACCAGAUAAAUGUGGUAUGGACCAUAAGCUCCACUUUAUCUUCCGGCACAAGAACCCGAUCACUGGAGAAUUUGAGGAGAAACAUGCCAAAAAGCCAUCUGCCAACAUAGACAAACAUUUCUCAGACAAGAAGACACAUAUGUAUACUUUGGUUGUAAAUCCUGAUAACACUUUUGAGAUGAUGGUGGACAACAGCUUGGUAAAUGAAGGUAGUCUUAUGGACGAUUUCAGUCCCCCUGUGAAUCCACCAAAGGAAAUAGACGACCCAAACGAUAAAAAACCAUCUGAUUGGGAUGAAAGGGAGAAAAUCCAAGAUCCUUCAGCAAAAAAGCCAGAAGACUGGGAUGAAAGUGAGCCUGAGAAGAUUGUGGAUGAGGAUGCUGUUAUGCCCAGUGGUUGGCUGGAAGAGGAAUCUGAGCUUGUUCCUGACCCAGCAGCAGAGAAACCAGAUGAUUGGGACGACGACAUGGACGGUGACUGGGAGGCUGCUCUCAUCAACAACCCCAAGUGUGAGAAUGCUCCAGGUUGUGGUAAAUGGGAGAAACCAAGCGUCAAAAACCCAAAAUACAAGGGCAAGUGGUCUGCCCCUAUCAUUGAUAACCCAGACUACCAGGGGGUAUGGAAGCCAAGGAAAAUAGACAACCCUGCCUACUUUGAGGAUCUUGAGCCAUACAAAAUGACCCCCAUUGGUGCUGUGGGACUUGAGUUAUGGUCCAUGAAUGAUGACAUAGUAUUUGACAACUUCCUGAUCACAGACGACAAAUCUGUAGCUGAACAGUGGGCCGCGGAGACUUGGGAGAUAAAAUCUGCACAGGAGAAGGCCAAGUCAGGGAGAAGUGUUGUUGAUGCAGUGUUAGAUGCUACCAAGGAUAGGCCUUGGAUAUGGGCAGUCAUUCUGAUAGUAGUUGUACUGCCGAUAGUUCUGAUUAUAGCUUAUUGCUGUAUGUCUAAAUCAGAGCCUGAGAAGAUCCAGAGUCACAAGAAGAAGACAGAUGAAGCAACUCCGGAUGAGGCUGAAGAGAAGGCAGAGGGCGACGAAGGAGAGGAAGAGGAGGAAGAAGUUGGACCAGGGGGAGAUAACCCCCCACUAACCAGGAAGUCCAAGGCAGAUCUCGAGGCAGAUGAGACAAAUGAUGCAGAUGAGGAAGAUGAAGAGGAAACAGAAGAAGCUGCGGAUACAUCCAAAAAAGAUUCGCCUAGGAGAUCAUCACCAAGAAAGAGGAAGCCUAGGAAAGAUUAAUUCAACAUUACUGUAGGUUAACAUAAAAUGAUGCAGUGAUAUGUUGUGGAUGAUUUGUGUGUGCAAGUUGUUCAGGGAGAGUUGGUAGGAGGAUUUGUUUGAGAUAAAAAGGCCCUUGUCCAAAUGUCCCUUUUUGACUGGAAUGACCGUAAAGUUUGUGCUGAAGAUUGGGGGCCGAUGUCUCCCAGGGACUACCGGUGGUACAUAUGUAGUUCCGGAAUUUAAUUAGGAUUUCAUGAUUAGCAAGUACAUAAGACUACUUUAAGAAAGUAUGUCAUAAUCAGUAAUGUCAUUAUCCCACCAGAUAUCAAUUUCAGCUAGUCUUUUAAGAAUUGGGAGAGUUAUGUCCCUUCCUUUUUUCUGCAAUGUACUCCUUAUCACUAAUUAGGCUACAAUAAUCUGUUUUGUAUUCUUGGUUUUUGGUAAUAGGGUUGUUGUGUAGGAAAGUUGACAGAGACAAAAACACUUUUGUCACAGGAAGUUAAUAUAAGAACUACUGUUGUGUGCUGAAAUAUUGCAUUAAAAUAUGUAAAGUACGAUAUACUGAAUGUAAGGCUGUAAUAGCAGAUGUAAAACCUGUUUCUGUAACUGCCAAGAUGUUGCUCCAUAAUGAAUGGGUGAGUGAGCAUAUUUAUUUACAUUGAUAUGUAAGCUGAGUGUUAAAAGUGAUUUUGCACCAUUUUGACAGUGGACACAUAUAUAUAUAAGGCCGGUUUUUGAUGUGGAUGCUAGUAAAAAUGUUAUUCCAUGGGUAUGUAUUCAAGACAGUCUCUAGGUAUUUGAUGUUCAUGUAUACAUGCAGUCUAUAUGUGUUUUUUAGUUGUGAAAAUGAGUAAGUGUUGCAUGGAAUACACAAGGUCAUGGUAACUUUCUUCAUAAUUUAAAAUCCUAGUUACUCGAGAUGUACGUCAUGAUUAUGAUUGUAGUACUGUAUGAGAAAUUUGCGCUAGUGACAGAUGGGGUGAAACUAA